AUGGCGGACCGAAUACAAAUAUCUGAUUAUGUCUGGUUGAAUCCAGAAAACAAAACCGAAUUCGAUGUCCCAAUAGCUGUGAAGAUUCUUAACAGUUCCGGUGGUAGGAUACAAGUUAAAGAUGAUAAUGACGAUGUAUUUUCUACGUCCAUAACGAAUGUUAUAAAACCUCUCCAUGCGACCUCGCUAACUAGCGUUGAAGACAUGAUAACGUUAGGCGAACUACAAGAAUAUACAAUACUCCGCAAUUUACACAUAAGAUACAAACAACAACUUAUUUACACCUACACAGGUUCGAUGUUAAUAGCUAUUAACCCGUACGAAAUAUUACCAAUUUACACAAUGGAUCAAAUACAUUUUUAUCAAGACAAUAAUAUUGGAGACAUACCUCCCCAUAUAUUUGCUAUUGGAAAUAAUGCAUACAAGGAACUAUUAGAAACAUCGGCUAAUCAAUGUAUUGUUAUAAGUGGAGAAAGUGGUGCUGGUAAAACAGAAAGUACCAAAUUACUAUUACAAUAUUUAGCUGCGGCUAGCGGUAAACAUUCAUGGAUCGAACAACAAAUUCAAGAGACUAAUCCAAUUUUAGAAGCAUUUGGUAAUGCGAAGACAGUUAAAAACGACAACUCGUCCAGAUUUGGAAAGUAUAUAAAUAUUUAUUUUAAUCAAAAUGGAGUUAUAGAAGGUGGCAACAUUGAACAAUAUUUGUUGGAGAAAUCUAGAAUAGUAAUGCAAAAUAAGGGCGAGAGGAACUAUCACAUUUUUUACUCACUUGUUACCGGUCUCUCUGCUGACGAAAAAAAGAAACUAGAACUUGGACGUCCUGCUGAUUAUGAGUAUUUAAAUUCUGGUAACAUGUUAACUUGUGAUGGUCGCAAUGAUGCUUUGGAGUUUUCGGACAUAAAAUCAGCCUUUAAAGUACUAAAUUUUGACGACAACGAUGUAAACGAUCUAUUCAGUCUUCUGGCUGCUAUAUUACAUUUAGGAAAUUUGAAAUUUAAAUCCUUCAAUGUAAACAAUAUGGAUUCAUCAGAAGUUACAGAUUCAAUAAAUGCAAAUAGAAUUGCCUCUUUGCUAGGGGUGACUAAAAAUAAAUUAUGUGAAGCACUGACAAGAAAAUCACUUAUUGCUCACGGUGAGAAAAUAAUUUCUAAUCUCUCAGCCAGUACGGCAGUCGAUGGGCGCGACGCUCUCGUUAAAGCAAUAUACGGACAUAUAUUUGAAUUCAUUGUUGAGAUGAUAAACAAAACAUUACAUAAGGAUCAGAAACUUACGAGUCUCGGGUCCGUCGGAAUUCUUGAUAUUUUUGGUUUUGAGAAAUUCGAUUCAAAUAGUUUUGAACAACUUUGCAUUAAUUAUGCUAAUGAGAACUUACAACAAUUUUUCGUUAAGCAUAUUUUUAAAUUAGAAGAAGAGCAAUACCGAAAGGAAGGUAUUACGUGGACUAACAUAAACUAUGUGGAUAAUCAGGAAAUAUUAGAUUUGAUAGGUCAAAAGCCAAUGAACCUUUUAGCCUUGAUUGAUGAGGAAUCAAAAUUUCCUAAAGGAACAGACUUGACGCUGCUCUCAAAACUGAACAGUAACCAUAGCAAUAAACAGUAUUAUACUACUCCUAAAUCUACCCACGAACAUCGGUUUGGUGUCAAGCACUUUGCUGGUGAUGUCUUGUAUGAAGUUAAAGGUUUCUUGGACAAAAAUAGGGACAUGCUCACUGUUGAUGUAAAGGACAUGAUAUACGACUCUAACAAUGCGUUCUUCAAACGGUUAUUUGCAACAAGUUUUGUAGAAAACCAAAGCCAAAGUGGGAGCCGAAAAGUUAUAUCUUUAAGUUAUCAAUUCAAGACAUCUCUGGAGUCACUUAUGAAAACUUUAUAUGCGUGUCAUCCCUUUUUUGUAAGAUGUAUUAAGCCUAAUGAAGUUAAAAAGCCACGAAUCUUCGAUCGUGCUUUAUGCGUCCGCCAACUUCGAUAUGCCGGUCUCAUGGAGACAGCUAAAAUAAGACAGGCUGGGUAUCCAAUUCGUUAUACUUACUCAGAAUUUGUCCACCGGUACAGACUCGUGGUCCCCGGAAUACCACCAGCGGAGAAAACUGACUGUAAAGCGGCUGGUAAAACUAUAUGCAGUCAAGUUUUACAAGAUGAUGAUUAUAAAUUGGGUCAUACAAAAAUUUUCCUCAAAGAUCACCACGACGCCCUCCUCGAAGAACUUCGUCACAAAAUUCUUAUAACGGCCGUAAUUAAAGUUCAAGCUAACGCGAGAAGAUUUAUUUACAGGAAGAGAUAUCUGCGACUUAAAGUUGCUGCCAUUAAUAUCCAAAAGAAUUUCCGAGCUCGCGGCUUUAGACGAAGAUUCUUACAGAUGAGAAGAGGCUAUUUGCGUAUGCAGGCGGUUAUAAAAUCAAGAGAACUUAGACGCACAUUUAUAAAUCUGAGAAAAUUCAUUAUAAAGUUUCAGGCUGCUAGUAGAGGUUACCUUAUAAGAAAAUUAAUUACAGAAAAGGGUAAUGUUAUUAAAACUAAAUUAGCGCAAUUGAGAAAAGAUAAAGAUUCGUAUUCGGGUGACAUAAAUUCAGCUGAAAAUGAUUUCGAAAAGAAAUACAAGGAGGUUAUGUCUUCGAUUUGGAUCUCCAAAGACGAAACAGCUGAUAAUAACGCACAGAAUAAUACUGCUAUAGACGAUAGAUAUGUUGACGACGUGUUCGGUUUCCUGAAAGACACGGCCACUCCUGCGGGAACAAUAAGGGGGACGGGAUUUGGAAUGACAUCCACAACUAAGCCUGAAAUGUCAACCGUCAUACCAUUAUUAAAGGAGCCAGAAGAGGAACCGUUCGAUGAGUUUAAUUUCAAAAAGUUUGCUGCCACCUAUUUUUUGGGGAACACCAGCCAUCAGUACUCUAGAAAACCUUUAAAACAUUCAUUACUAGAUUUACCAUCCCCUAUAGACAAAAUUGCAUCCCAAGCUAUAUGGAUCACAAUCUUAAGAUUCAUGGGGGAUUUGUCUGAACCUAAAUAUGUAGACGACAAAGUAGAUAACACACCGGUUAUGUCAAAACUUUACGAUACCGUAGGACGAGCUUUUCAGAAAACUAAAGAAUAUGCAGAUUUAAUACCGAAAGAAUAUGAAGGAAAAAGUAAAAUGCUACACAGGACAUUAAAGCGUCAAACAAAACUUAACGAAGAGAUUCUAAAACACCUUGUUAACGAUGAAACGACAAAUGAAAUGUACAGCACGUGGUUAAAUUCAAAGAGAAGUUCAAAUUUGGAAAAACUUCAUUUCAUUAUAGGGCAUGGUAUUAUUAGAAAAGAAUUGAGAGAUGAAAUCUAUUCUCAACUGUGCAAACAACUGACGAAUAAUCCAUCAAAAGCGUCAUUUGCUAGAGGAUGGAUACUGAUGUCGCUUUGUGUUUGUUGUUUCCCACCAUCAGAACGUUUUCUUAAAUAUUUACGUUCUUUUAUACGACAAGGCCCACCUGGCUAUGCCCCUUAUUGUGAGGGUAGACUUUUAAGAACAUUCAAGAACGGUCCUCGAACACAACCACCGAGUUGGCUAGAACUGCAAGCAACUAAAACUAAAAAGCCUAUUUUACUGACGGUCACUUUAAUGGACGAAUCAAUGAAAACUGUACAGUCCGACUCAGCGACAACAGCGGAAGAAGUGUGUCAGCAAAUAGCUGAUAACAUUCAGCUCACUGAUACGUAUGGAUUUUCAUUGUAUAUAACUUUAUACGACAAGGUUCUAUCAUUGGGAAGCGAAGGAGAACAUAUUAUGGAUGCUAUAUCUCAAUGUGAGCAGUUCGCAAAAGAACAAGGAACCCCUGAGAAAAGUGCCCCAUGGAGAUUAUUUUAUAGAAAAGAAGUAUUCACACCUUGGCACAACCCAGCAGAUGAUCCGGUAGCAACUAAUUUAAUCUAUUAUCAAAUUGCAAAAGGCGUUAAGUUUGGAGAGUAUCGCUGUAACUCUGAAAAAGAUCUAGCAAUGAUUGCUGCGCAACAGCAUUAUAUUGAGUAUGGACCAAAAAUAGAUCCGAAUAUAUUAAGAAAAGUUAUAGUCAAUUACAUACCAAAUCAAUUUAUUCAAUCCAAUGAUGUCGCCUUAACUAAAUGGGAACAUCUUGUAACGAAGGCUUUUGAAUCAUCACCAAGUAUUCAAUCAGCAGUUGACCCAUUAAGAUGUAAGGAAGAUAUUGUGAUAUUUGCCAAAUUAAAGUGGCCUAUGAUGUUCUCCAGGUUCUUCGAAGCAAUUAAGCUCAAGGGAGAUACAAUUAACAAAGAGAUUAUAAUUGUAGCUGUUAACUGGACCGGUAUAUAUAUUGUUGACCAAUCAGAACACAUACUAUUAGAAAUAUCAUUUGUAGAAGUAACUUAUGUUGCCUACGAUGAUGACAAGGAAUUUGAUAGAGUUGGGAGGAUAACAAUUCGAACGAUACAGCAAGAAGAGUUUGUGUUCCAAAGUGCUGAUGCAAGUGAAAUGAGUUCGCUUAUCAUUUAUCUGAUGGAUGGGUUAAAAAGACGAUCUAUAUAUGUUAUAACUCAAUGCGAUUCUCAGGGUUAUAGCGAUGCAGCAUCAUUCUUGCAAUACAAGAAAGGCGAACUUAUUACGCUUUUAAAUGAUUCGACGGGUGAAACGUUGAUGGGGGCAACCUGGGGACACGGUGAAUGUAACGGCCAACAAGGACUUUUCCCAACGGAUCAAGUUUAUAUACUCCCAACGUUAUUGAUUCCUCCGGCAUCUAUUCUCGAAGUUUUCAAGAAAGGCAACAUUAGCAAUGAAAACAUACUUAAAUCCAAAUACAGUACGAUACAGCGACAGAAAAUGCACACUCUAGAAAAAUAUGCGAAAGAACACUUUAGAGAAAAUUAUGAUAUUAAUACAACGAUAUCGAGACAGUCAACUUUAACUUCAGCUAAGAGGGCAGUUAUGGGUGAAUUGUGGGCUCACACUCGUGAACCAAUACGACAGCCCUUACUUAAAAAAAUAUUAGGCGACGAACAAUUAUCCAAGUUAGCGGUUGCCUCUUUCUAUGCAAUGCUGAAGUAUAUGGGAGAUUUGCCAACUGCUAAACCUAGAUCCGUUACCGAAUAUACUGAUGAAAUAUUUAGACCAGGAUUAUUAGAGCCCAUUUUAAGAGACGAAAUUUAUUGCCAGAUACUAAAGCAGUUGACAAAUAAUAGAAUUCAGUUAAGUGAAGAAAGGGGAUGGGAAUUGUUGUGGUUAGCAACAGGCGUUUUUGCUUGCAGUCCUGGUCUGAUGAAAGAAAUAGUGGAAUUUGUAAAAACAAGACCACAUCCUGUAGCCAAGGAUUGCCUAAAGCGAAUAUUUAAAAUUCAAAAAGGUGGUCCGAGAAUGUAUGCGCCUUACGUGGUCGAAGUUGAAGCAAUACAACAUAGAAGUAUGCAGAUAUAUCAUAAAGUAUAUUUCCCUGAUGACACAGACGAAGCUUUCGAAGUUGAUUCUUCUACGAAAGCCAGAGAACUCUGUGAACAGAUAACUGGACGAUUAAAUCUGAAGAACAGUGACGGUUUCAGCCUCUUUGUAAAAAUUGUUGAUAAAGUAUUUUCCGUACCCGAAACAUAUUACUUCUUUGACUUUAUUCAUGAAUUAGUCGAGUGGAUGAAACAAACACGUCCUAAUCGUUCAGCCGGCAAUCAAUUACAAAUGAAUUAUCAGAUAUUUUUCAUGAAAAAGCUGUGGAUAAGCACUAUUCCAGGAAAGGAUAAGAAUGCGGAUCAAAUAUUUUAUUUCCCCCAGGAACUACCAAAAUAUUUACGAGGAUAUCAUAAAACGUCAAAACAAGAUUUGAUUGAACUGGCGGCAUUGAUAUAUAGAGCCCGAUUUGGUAAUGAUCAAACAGUUUUACCUCAAAUUACGCAGAUUUUAGAAGAAUUUAUUCCAUCAGAUAUGAUAAAGAUUCAGUCGAAUUCUCAAUGGAAAUCUGCCAUUACUUCGGCUUACAAUAAACAUGGGGUGAUGACUGAAGAAGAAGCCAAAGAAAAGUUUUUGAAUAGAAUUUACCAAUUACCGACAUUUGGUACAGCUUUUUUUGAAGUUAAACAAACGUCUGACCCGUCGUACCCAGAGAUGGUCGUUAUAGGAAUUAAUAAAAAUGGUGUUAGCGUAAUUCAUCCACAGAGCCGAGAUUUACUUGUUACAUAUCCUUUUUCUCAAUUAUCAAAUUGGUCUUCGGGAAAUACGUUCUUCCAUAUGACAAUGGGAGGUUUUCUUCGUGGUACGAAAAUUUUGUGCGAGACGUCUCUUGGCUAUAAAAUGGAUGACUUGAUAUCGUCGUACAUCGCUAUCCUUCGGCAAUCACUUAAUAAGAAACCAAACUAA